AUAUCAUUUCAAGACAUCUAAACAUGGCUGAAGAAUUCGGGGAGAUUUACCCUAGCGAACUCACUUUCAUCUUCGAACCAAAGAAGCAGAUCUCAUGCAUGCUCAACCUCACUAACAACUCCAAUCGAUACAUCGCGUUUAAGGUCAAAACAACAGACCCAAAACUGUAUUGUGUAAGACCAAAUAAAGGAAUAUUGAAACCAGAUUCAACCUGUGAAAUUAAAGUCACAAGGCAAUCUUGUACGAUACUGCCUACAACUGACACGAUUGUCAAGCAAAAGUUCUUGAUUCAAAGGGUGUUUGCAUCUGAAGAUAUGACCCUGGAGGAUAUCGACUCACUAUUCAAUUCUAAGGAUACUCACAAUGAGAAGAAACUGAAGGUGGUGAUUACUGAUGUCAUCCCGAAGAUGGUGGAGAUGAAGUCCAAAAGUGAAGAACAAGAUCUAACAGCAGACAUAGUUAAGGAGAUUGUACAAAUGAAGUCACAGAUUAAAGGACUGAAUAUGCUGUUGAAAGAGGCCGAGGAGACGAUUUCAAAGCUAAAGGAACAAAAGAGCGAUUGCGGUUGUAAAGGUAAGAAGAGACGUCAUUGUUUGUAUAUUAAGUGUUUUAACGUGAAAUUGGCUUAAUUAAUCCACGUAAUUUCAAAUAAUCUCGUUAAUAUGUCGAUGUUUUUAAAAAAAAACUAUUAUUGUAAGCAAAACAUGCUGCUUAAUGUUGUAUUGUUGAUUCGUUGAUCUAUUGUUGAUAUCAUAAUUAAGUUGCUCA